AUGCUCAGGUCCAUCGGGACGCGAAGCGUCAAAGCCCCAAUGGUCGGUCACCGAUCUGUACUGGAGCCCGCGUGGCUUGUAGGCUAUCGGUUCACAACACAAGGCAGGAGUAUGCUCCGAGCAGGAUACAAAAAUUUCCGAGACAAGAUCUUCAAAGUCCGCUGCAAUGGCCUUGAAGUGGUCCUCCUCCCCAAUCGAUAUAUCGAUGAACUCCGCAAUGUCCCAGAGGAAAAGGUUAGCCCACCUAAAGCACUUUUCACCAAAGGACUGGGUCACUACGUUGGUAUGAACAUCAUCAUGGAAAGCCGCUUGCACGUGCACAUUGUUCAACAACGGUUAACUCCAAACUUGGUCUCAAUAAUGCCCCAGCUGCAGCAGGAGCUAGAGUUUGCCUUGGAAGCAGAGCUUCCCGAUUGUCGUACCGACGAAUGGGUAUCGGUCAACGUACAGGAUCUUCUGGCACGUCUCGUCGGUCGGCUGUCUGCCCGUGUGCUUGCAGGCCCGGAGCUUUGCCGAAAAGAAGAGUGGCUGUCUGCGAGCGUGAAGCAUAGCGGGCAUGCGUUUGCAACCUCCAUGACGCUCCGUAUGUUCCCUGGAUGGUUGCGCCCGAUCGUAGCGCCCAUGAUCCCGUUCUACUGGCGUGCACGGUCGGAUCUUGCCACAGCCAAACGCCUGGUCGGGGCUCUCGUUGAGCGCCGACGAGCGACCGAGGCGCAGCAAGGAACUGCGUAUGAGAAGCCGAAUGAUCUCCUGCAAUGGAUGAUGGACGAGGCUACCGGGACUGAUGCAUUUCCGCACAAACUAGCCCAUCGGCUGCUAUUUGUGAGCGACGCCUCCGUCCUGACAACCGGCAUCCUAACCACGCAUUUCCUGCUCGACCUUUGCGCCCACCCACAGUAUCUCAAACCACUUCUGGCCGAAAUCACACACGUGUUGCGCGAGGGCGGUAAUUUUCAGAGGACGAUGGUUCACAAGAUGGUACACCUGGAUAGCUUUCUCAAAGAGUCUCAGCGGAUGAACACAACCUUCCUAAUGACAUUCGACCGCGUGCUGAAUACCCCAAUAACGCUCUCCGAUGGAAUCAAACUCCCAAAAGACACUCAUGUUGCGAUGCCGACGGACGCAAUGCUCCACGACCCAACUUAUCUCCCCGGCGGCGGCGAUCCCGACAGCUUCGACCCCUUCCGCUAUGCACGGUUGCGGCAGAAGCCAGAGAAUGCCCACCGGUAUCAGCUGGCGAUGACUGACUCGACCAGUCUGCCAUUUGGCCACGGAAAGCACGCUUGCCCGGGACGCUUCUUUGCCAGCAGCGAGGCGAAGCUGCUCCUGUGCAACCUGCUUCUUCGGUUCGAGAUCCGCUUGCCGGAUGGGCAGACGCGUCCGGACAACUUGCUAGUGGCUGAGAAUCUUGUCCCUGACCCCGCAGCGAGGCUACUCUUCCGCAAGCGCGCUGUUGGAGAUGAGCUCUCCCGGAAUCUUCGCACCCUUGGAGCAUGA